UCCGAAAUAAUAAAAACCGUAGAUUUGGCAAGCAUAUUAAUUCUUAUGUCAAUUUUCGAUGCAGAACAAAACAAAACAAAUUAUGAUUCAACAAGUGACUAUGUGAUUAUUCAUUUUAUAAUAAUGGCGAAACCAAAAGAAGAUGUGAUGGAAUCCCAGGACAAGUGCCCUGUAGUGUGUGUAGAAGAAGUAGAGAUCAAGCAGAAUGUAUUUUUGCGCUUAAACUCAUCUGCACUAAUUGUGCAACCAAACAUCAAAUGGAAG